AUGAGGUUGUCACUCGCUAAGCCGUUGCUUCUGCUCGGCACCCUGGCCACCUACCUCACUACGCCAGUCCUUGCUGCUGAGCAGUUGCUCCAGUCAAACUCUCUCAACACCUGCCAGGAUGAUUCCAGCUUCACAGCCAGUCUGUUCAACGUUGUCUUCACCCCCGGCAAUGGAAGUGCCGCAAUCAACAUUGUCGCCGUCUCCUCUGUUCAGGGCAGCAUUGUCUUUGAUGUGUCUAUUUCGGCUUACGGUUACGAGUUCCUGAGGCGCACUGUUGACCCCUGCAGCAUCAACCUCGCUGGUCUGUGCCCCAUGACUGCCGGAAAGAUCACCAUGAACUUCAACUUGCCUGUUGGUGAGGAUGCCGUCGGCCAGAUUCCGGGCAUUGCCUACAACAUUCCCGAUCUCGACGCUACUGUCCGUGUCUUCGUCAACUUGACCGACACCUCCACUAGUGUGGCUUGCGUUGAGGCUGAUAUUUCCAACGGAAAGACUGUUGACUUGAUUGGUGUCAAGUGGGCUACCGCCAUCAUCGCCGGCUUGGGACUGAUCUCUUCCGCCGUUAUAUCUGGUCUCGGUCACACCAACACCGCUGCCCACGUUGCCGCCAACACGCUAUCGCUUUUCGGCUACUUCCAGUCUCAGGCUAUUGUUGGUCUCACCGGUGUUCACCUGCCGCCUAUUGUCCAGUCAUGGACUCAGGACUUCGUUUGGUCUAUGGGUAUCAUCCGCGUCCAGUUCAUGCAGGAUAUAUUCACAUGGUACCAGCGGGCAACUGGUGGAACUCCUUCCACUCUCCUCAACUCCUUGACGACCACUUCUGUCCAGGUUGAGAAGCGUUCCAUGGAUUGGGCCCUUUCUGCCGCCAGAAUGGCCAAGCGUGGCAUUUCUUCCGUUCCCUCCAUCAUCGCCAAGAGAGCCAACAUUCAGCUUUCCUCCGGCAGCUACAUCGUGUUCGGUAUCCAGAGAGUUGCCUUCCGCGCCAAGAUCGAAUCGACUAAUCUCUUCAUGACUGGCUUGUCCUUCUUCUGCGUUUUCGUCAUCUUCACCGUUCUUGGCGUCGCCGCCUUCAAGGGAUUCUGCGAGUUGGCUGUCCGACAGAAGUGGAUGAAGAGUGAGAAGUUCCUCGAGUUCCGCAACGGCUGGUUCACUGUCCUGAAGGGAAUCCUCUUCCGUAUGACGUUGAUUGGUUUCCCCCAAAUGACGAUUCUCUGCCUCUGGGAGUUCACCCAGGCUGACUCCGCGGCUGAGGUUGUUCUCGCUGUCUUCUUCCUCUUCGGUAUGGCUCUCACCCUCGGAUGGGCUUCCUUCAAGGUUAUCAGAAUCGCGCGUCGCUCCGUGGCCAUGCAUCGCAACCCGGCCUACAUCCUCUUCUCGGACCCGCAGGCCCUUAACAAGUGGGGUUUCCUCUACGUUCAGUUCCGCGCUUCGGCAUACUACUUCAUCGUCCCUACGCUUGGCUACACUGUUGUCAAGGGAAUGUUCGUCGCCUUUGCCCAGCGCAACGGAACCAUUCAGGCCAUUGCCUUCGUCAUCAUUGAGGCUGCUGCGCUCAUCGCUGCCAGUGUUUUGCGCCCUUGGAUGGAUAAGAGCACCAACUCGUUCAACAUUGCCAUCUGCGUCAUGAACUUCCUCAACGCCGUUUUCCUGCUCAUCUUCUCCGACGUUUUCGGUGCCCCGGCUCUGGUAAACGGUAUCGUCGGUGUGGUUCUUUUCAUCGCCAACGCGGCUUUCGCUCUGAUCCUUCUGCUGCUUGUUAUUGUCAGCAGCACAUUGAUCUACUUCCGCAAGAACCCUGAUGCUCGCUACCAGUUCAUGGCCGAUGACCGAGCCUCCUUCAUGAAGUCCCAGACCCAGCUCAACACCACUACUGAGUUGGACGCUUUGGCUGCGACUGCCCGAGGUGACAAGGCCCACUACAACAAGGGACUCGACCUCGAUGACGACAAUGACUCCAUCUCUUCUGAGUCCAUGCGUCGCCGAGCGGACCCCUCUGGUGUUGCUUUGCCGCCAUCGACUGCCCAGUCAGCUGCGCCCUCUCAGCACUCUCAGCGUCCCGGAGGUCAACAGCACGGCCAGGCGCCGCACUCACCAGUGGACCCUUCGAUGCCUCUCUUCCCGGCAGACAACCGCAACCCCUAUGGACAAGGGCCUACUCGCACCCCAAGCCCGUACAACGGCUCUGCAUCAACGCUUGGUGCCAACAAUCACAACCAGUACCGCAACCAGAACAAUGCCAGCCCUGCGCAGUACCGUUCCCAAAACAACGCCAGGUAA